AUGAAAAUAUAAUAAACUAUUAUUUUGAUUUCUAUACUCUCCUUGUUAAGUUUAGCAGCUGUUAUCACCUUGACAAAGACCAGUUAAGAUGUCUUAUAAACUGAAGAAGUUCCUUGCUUUAAUUUAAAUUAUAGACCUGGCAGAGGUGAUGUUGUUUAGGCCUAAAACACUUGUAGUAAGUCUAAGUACUUUACUUUUAUUAUCUAUAAUGAUGAAUGUAGUACCUUAUCAAAGACCUCAUGUUUACGCUAAGAUGAAUAGCAACCUAUUUAUUGGCUCUUCUGA